CCCGGCCCGCCCGGCGCAUGCGCGUCGCCCCCUCCGGCGCGGGGAGGGGGAUGCGGACGGGGGAAGAUGGCGGCCUCGAACAACCCGCGGAAAUUCAGCGAGAAGAUCGCGCUGCACAACCAGAAGCAGGCGGAGGAGACGGCGGCUUUCGAGGAGGUCAUGAAGGACCUGAGCCUGACCCGCGCCCACCGGUUACAGCUGCAGAAAACCCAAUAUUUGCAACUGGGCCAGAGCCGCGGGCAGUACUACGGCGGGUCGCUGCCCAACGUCAACCAGAUUGGGAACAGUGCCAUGGAUCUGCCCUUCCAGCACAACGGAGCUCUGGCAGAAACCUUUGGAGCAGUUCCUGUCUCUUUGACUCCUUUUCAGUCGUCGGGGCUGGACACAAGCAGAACGACUCGGCACCACGGGCUGGUGGACAGAGUGUAUCGCGACAGAAACCGUCUCGGCUCCCCGCAUCGGCGCCCUCUCUCUGUGGAUAAACAUGGAAGACAAGUGGACAGCUGUCCGUACGGCACCGUGUACCUGUCGCCCCCAUCAGACACGAGCUGGAGAAGGACAAAUUCCGAUUCUGCCUUGCACCAGAGUACUAUGACUCCAGCUCAACAAGAAUCCUUUUCAGGAGGGUCACAGGACAUGCAGCAGAAAAGAGUUUUGUUACUGGCGGUCCCUGGGAUGGAGGAGAGCACCUCUGAGGCAGACAAGGCCCUCUCCAAGCAAGGCUGGGACACUAAAAAGACUGGCUCAUCAAGACCUAAAUCAUGUGAAGUUCCAGGAAUCAACAUCUUCCCAUCAGCCGACCAGGAGAACACUACGACGCUGAUUCCUGCCACGCACAACACGGGCGGCUCGCUGCCCGACCUGACCAACAUCCACUUCCCGUCCCCGCUGCCCACCCCGCUGGACCCCGAGGAGUCCACCUUCCCGGCCCUGAGCAGCUCCAACAGCACCGGGAACCUCGCUGCCAACCUCACCCACCUGGGCCUCGGCACCGCCACUCAGGGGAUGACGGCGGCAGCGCCGUCGCAGCAGCACCGCCCGCCGGCCGUCAGCCCGCUGUCCCUGAGCGCCGACUCCAGACGGACGCAGUCGCAGCAGAUGUCUCCUACGCUCUCCCCUCUGUCACCGAUCACUCAGGCCGUGGCUAUGGACGCGUUGUCUCUGGAGCAGCAGCUUCCCCCGUACCCGUUUUUUACCCAGACAACCUCCCAGCAGCAGCAGCAGCCCCAGGUGGCGAGUACCCUGCCGCAGAACACUCCUUUAAUGCAGAGCUCCGCUUUGCAGCGAGGAACGCAGCUCCCCCCGCUCUCCGUCACGGUACCGUCCACCAUCCCGCAGUCCCCCCCGGGCAGCCAGAGCCAGCCCUCCAUGGGAAUCGACAUCAACUCGGCGUCACUCCAGCAGUACCGCAGUAAUGCUGGCUCCCCAGCCAACCAGUCUCCCACCUCUCCUGUCUCCAAUCAAGGCUUCUCUCCCGGCAGCUCCCCUCAACAUUCUUCCAUUCUGGGGAGUGUAUUUGGUGACUCCUAUUAUGAUCAGCAGAUGACAGCUAGGCAGGCUAAUGCCCUAUCCCACCAGCUCGAACAGUUCAACAUGAUCGAGAACGCCAUCAGUUCCAACAGCCUGUACAGCCCGUGUUCCACCCUCAACUACUCGCAGGCCGCGAUGAUGGGGCUGACCGGCAGCCACGGCAGCUUGCAGGACUCGCAGCAGCUCAACUACUCCAGCCACGGAAACAUCCCCAACAUCAUUCUUACAGUGACGGGAGAAUCUCCCCCCAGCUUAUCAAAAGAACUGACCAGCUCUUUGGCAGGGGUGGGUGACGUCAGCUUCGACGCGGAUUCCCAGUUCCCCCUGGAUGAACUCAAAAUUGACCCUUUAACCUUGGAUGGACUCCACAUGCUGAACGACCCCGACAUGGUCCUCACCGACCCCGCCACAGAGGACACGUUCAGGAUGGACCGGCUGUGAGGGACGCGGGGAGCCCGACUCGAGAGCCGCGCCGGGCCGGCGGUGCCGGAGCGGGAGCUGCCGACAGCAGCGGCUCCAUCCCGCACGACGUGUCCCAUGAGUAACGCUUGUCGUUCUGAGCUUGCCGUGCUGCAGACCCCCCACUCCCCGGAUUUCACCCCUUUUUCCACUCGUUGCCAUGAAUGAGUAAGGAGUUUCCAUCGGCCUUUUCCUCUCCAGAGCCCCCUCCCACCAAAGCUCCAGCGUUAAGUUGUUAAUUUAUCCUUUGCACUAGAAAAAGGGGUUUUUUUCGGGUAGGAGAGGAAGGUUCAGAGCCGAGGGUAGAGAGAUUGGAACGCACCAAGCCGUUGGCUGCUGUUUGAGCCGGGGAGGGGGAAGCACCGACCGCGUCCCCCGUCCCCUCCGCGCGGCGGUUCCACUCUGCUUUGUGACGGCUGCUUUUGCAGUGAAACGCUCCUUCCUUUCCCGCUGUGCCGCCCUCGGCUGCGCUUCCCGUGUCCUCCGCUCCCGUCCCGCACCCGCUUGCCUCUUCUCGUGCCCCGAGCAAACCCGCCCGCUUGGGGAGCAGCCCAAGAAAGGCAACCUUAAACACUAGUUACAAAGCUUUUCUUUUUCCUUAAUAUAUAUGUCAUAUAUAUAUUUAUAAAUAUAUGUAUACAUAUAUAUAUAGCAUUUCUGAGCACACAAAAAAGUACUAUAAUUCAUUACUUGAUUAGCACGGAGGAAGGAUCAGAGCAUCCUAAAGCAGCUAAAAGGACACAGGGGACUGAAGGUGCAGAGCGAACCGCUGAUGUGACCGUGUGAGGUUCCUGGGCAGCGGGGGGGCGUUCCACAGCACCGCCUGCCGCAAGGGGGAGGAGCGUUUUCUAGUUUGGAUUCUUAUUCGUUACCUGGCUCAAAUAUGACGACUUUAUUUUUUAUUCUUAUUCAUUACUUAUUCUGUUACCAUUAUUUAUAUUUUUUAUUUAAGUAUUCGGGUAUUAGGACAGUAGCUAAACUACAUACAGCCAGUUGAAGCACUCUACAUAAUACUUGUACAGUACUUUUUUUUUGUGUGUUUUUAUUCCAGAAAUUUAUUAUAUAUAUUAUAUAUAUAGAGGUAUUUUUAACUAACUGGAAUCUUAGCAGGUGUUGAGCAGAAGUGAGGAAGCCCAAGGCGAGUCGAGGUGUUUUCCUUUUAUAUGGUCAAAACAGGGUGGCAGGAACUUCAGGCUCCUUGGUUCGCCCUGGGGACACCCAGUGGUGACCAGUUGGGUGUCCUGGAGCAGGCGGAGAUGCUGGGAAAGUCACAGCAGCCUGUCUGUUUAGUGCUCGUUCACAUUCUGUGCUGCAGGAGAAGGGGCUGGUGAAUCACAUUGAUCUAUAACAGAUUAAAAAGAGAAACAAACAAACCAGCCGUUGCCUCUGAAUCGGGGCCGAUCCCCGAUCUCCGCGUUUGGGGCUCUCACCGCAUUGACAGAAUGCAUUUAAACAUGUAUGGAGAGCAUGACAAGCUGAUGGGAGUUGCCAGGGGCCCCGUGACAGAACCUGUAAAUACACGACUCUUCAGCACAAGUUACCAAUUAACAUUCUUUUAAGUCUUAUUAACAAAUUAACAAUGACAUUGUGCCCAACGCCCCGAGAUGAGCAAAUACUGCCAGUGGAAAGCGUUUCCACGCACUGCGGCUGCACAUCCGCAUCCGUUUUUGUUAAACACGGCCUCGAGAAAAGAGCCGGUUUAGUUUUCAUUUCGAGACCAGUUGUGGCUUCUCAAUUUUUAAUUUGUGUUUAAUUCUUUUGCCCUGGUGGUUCCACAUCUGCUCUUCCCACUCGCAUUUUGCUCUUUGUCCAAACCCCGUCCGUUCUUUCUCAGCUCUCGUGACUUUCAUGACCCCCCUCGUCACUUCCCCCUGUCCCGUCCCUUCGAGGGGCAUUUUGGGGCUGUUUUUGGCCGGCGCUAACGAAGGAGCCCCUAAUGAGUUAUAUUAGGUUUCUGUGUGCUUCCAGAAAUGGGCGCGAGGCCGCCCCGAGAUCCGCCAGACGCUGCUGAGCAGAACGGUCGCGGGAUCUCUCUAACGUGGCUGCGUUUUGCUCACGUUUGUGCCGUUAGUUGACCAUUUGCACUAAAAAAGUUGCUUUAUUUUUAACUUUAGUUCUCGCUUCCCUCUGUCUCCUUUGUCCUCCCCACGCCGUUGAAAGUUCCUCCCGCAUCUUCUUUGCAAACGUUUCUUGUCGGGAUUUAAGCCCAGCAGUACACGUUAACUCCCGCUGUCUGCUUGUUCCAGAUUGCUAACGCUUUUUCCAUUUAAGGAGGAGGAAAUUUGUAAAAAAAAUGAUAGUUCCGACCAGGACGAUACCCCCAAAACAGGAGGAGUUUGGGCACAGGUGACUCGGAAUCCUUUGCUUUGAAGCAGCCGCAGGUAGAGCGUGAGUUGCAAGCGCUUCUUGCCGUCCGUGUUGUUCCUCGGGGGGUUGUGUCCGUCGCUCUCGCUCUGGUGACUCCUCUGCAUGUAAAUUCCCGUUGUGAUCUAUUUUUUUAAAUCCGGAGUCGCUUCGGAGCGAAGCGUCGGCGGAGGAGCCGAGAUUCCUCCCGGAGCCCUCGCUAGAUCGCUACCUUCUCAUUUUUUUUAAACGACGUGUGUAUAUAAGAGAUCUUGUUUAUCAGACUUGUAAGUAGACAUUUAAAAUGGCCUUAAUUUAAAAACAAAACAAACCAACAUGUCUGGAUGCAACUGUCAAAAUUAGGGACCAUCUAGUGGAGAGAAAAUCCAGGUUUUUGUUCCUUUUGUGCGGGGCAAACGGAGAAAAGGUGCUUUGGGAGUGGGAAGGAGGACGGUGACGUCAUAGUGGGAUGCUGAUGGUGUCAUCGCAGGAAGCCGGUGACGUCACAGUGGGAUGCUGAUGAUGUCAUCGCCGGAAGCCGGUGACGCCGUGUGGGACAAGAUGUCGCUUCAUCUCGUACGCCCGCCCGCGGGCAGGAAAUAAAAGCUGCUUUUAGUCCCCACCCUUUGAGACCCGGAGGAGCUGCCCCCGAACCUCCCGGUUUGUAACGUCUGGAGCCACAAAGCUGAUUUAGAAAGCAAAACCAAACCUAUUCGCUUGUCAAAUAGAAACGUGGAGCGUUUUCAGAGCAAGUGAUUGGAUUUUAGUGGAAAAGGAGUGCCGUUUUCAUGGCAAAUUGUGUGUAAGGGCGAGCGGCUGCCUCCUCCCGGCCAGGGAUGGUUGAGAGCCGCGCAAACAAAAGCGAUUCUUUAGAACUUGUUUGGUUAAAUGAUGCUCAAACUGCCUGGCGUCUCAAAGGGUUUCUGUCCAAACACACCUGCUGAGUGCCCCCUGCCCCCUCCCUACAAUGUGUUUUUAUAUAUAAAUAUAUCUAUAUAUAUUAAAAAGCUCCCGAGCUAGACUGUUGCGUUUGCCAAUACAACGGGGAAAAUAACAGGAAUAAACCUUCGGUGUAUGAAAUACUGUGAUUUUUAGAAGCGACCCACGACUCGUGCUGGCGGCGGGGCGGCCCGCGCUGUCCAUGGCGUCCUGCGCCCGGGCUGCGCUGCGGGGCCGCGGACGCGCGCCGCGGGUGACAUCCACGCGGUUCUUCUUCGUUUGAAGAGGGGCAAAGGUUUCCGGAAAGAGGCUGCAAAUGAACGGAAGAAAUCAUGAGUUAUUUGUACGCUUUCUAACCUUCUUUUCAAUUUAAUUGUAUUUUUCUUUCCUUAACGAACGUGCCUGACGACCAACUCCCGCGACAAGAACACUCGUGGAUGAGGAAGAAGAGCUGUUUGUACAAAAGCCGCGUCUGCUGUUACGGAAUCCUUUGACUCCCCUCAAAACAAUAAGGUCUUGUUUAUCAACGCUUGGAUUUCUGUAGAAAAAACUAAUUAAGGCUUGAGAUCCGUCCCUUAACGAGCACCGUCCUGGAACCCCCUGUGUGUGUGUGGGGAGCGGAGAAGCCCCCAGACCCUUUAGGUCACCGCGUGCGCCCCAAAGAUGGUUCAUUCCUCCCCGGGCGGCCCCUGUCACUGUGAGGGCGACGUGGAGCGCAGGCGGCCGCCGUUCCCUGUGUCCGUUCUUUUUAGAAAAACAAAAAAGGCAAAAAAAAAAAUAAGAGAAACCCAUUUGUAGUGUUCCUGUUCUUUGUAUUUUCAGUUGCUUAUUAUUUAUACGGCGCAGUGUGGGCAUGGAUUGCAUGUCGGUUUUCUACACGGGCACCAUGACGACAUUCUAACUGUGUAUUAUAAAUCAUUUUUACCUUUUUAAACAGAACCAUUGUGCGGGAUUUCUAUACUGCGAAACGAAACACUACAUGACGUACUUCUAUUCAUUGUGUUAUUUAUUUUACUAUCUCGGGGGGCGGGUUUAACCCUGGUGUAUAUUGCCUUAUGUGGGCUUGACCAAUUUUCUCAAAAUAAAGGCCUGAAGGGGUAAAAUAAUGUUUACUGUUUUCUUCAGUAAGCUGGCUGCAGGACAAGCGCUGUAGUGGAGGGAUCGGGACGGAGAGAGCGCGGCCGCGCCGUGUGGCACCGGCAGCUCGGCGGGAACGCGAUUCGGGUCUUAACGAGGCAAUUUGAGGUCAGUGAUUGCGACGCGAGAACGAGGGGCCGCGGCCGGUCCCCUCCCCCCCGCGUCCCCAUUCCUGGGAAGGAAACUCAGAACAGGCUUUAUUUUGGACCAACAGUGAAAAAUCUCUUCUCCCCCCACCCAAACCCCGACGACUCCGGGAUCGCAGCGUUGCCGCCAACGAGCGGCGCAGCCGGUUGGCUUUGCUUUGUGUUUUUCUGAGGAAGAUCCUGCUGCUCUUUAUGUCCUGCAGCUUUUCCGCUUAUGAAAUACGGCGAUUUCUGAGGGUCGCGGGUAACACAACCAAAGGGAAAAGAGCAGGGACCUGCACCCCAUUUUCGGGUUCAUUCGGGGGAAUGGGCCCCGCUCUGGUUGUCCCGGUAGCUCGAGCUCCCUCCUGCAGGUCUGGUUUUGGUGCAGACACGGACCCUUUGGGCCCAGUGAACCUCUUGGCUCUCGCUGUGUUUCUUGGGAGCGGCGCUGCCGCCGUUUGCACGCGCAGAAGUUUUGGGCUGAAUUCAGGAGAAAUCGGUGCCGCCGCAGCGGCUUUUCCUGCUCGUUUCUGCCUCCGCGUAACCAGCUUGACCUGCUGCUUCCUUCGGGUUGUGUGUGUCGUAACUAAAUAGGCAGGUAAACACCCAAAUAACAGCCGUUUUGUUUUCUCGUGGUUCUUUUUACCUUAAGCAGCUACAAGAGAAUGAAGUCAAUUGCACACGUUGAAUUUCCUGCUGGCUGGAGGAUCCCAGGGGUUAACGCUGGAAUCGCUGACUCUGGAGUCGGCAGCGGCUUUUAGGGACCGGGCACACGCGGCAGCGCUUUGGUUUGACCUGGAUGUGGUGCUCUUGAAGUUAUUGCUGGUUCUAGUCCCCCUUAGUGAGCUCUACGCAAAAAAUACUAAUCAGAGCAGUCACUCUGCCCCAUGGGAACGUUAAUUACCUAUUUGUAAUAGUUCGUUUCUAAACUAACAGUUCAAUCCGUGUGCAGCAGGGCUGGUGUUUUCCGAGCCGGUGUGAGGAUUCCUCUUGCUCAAUAUGACAGAGGCCUUGCUGCCGUGGUGUAAACCUGAGCUUGAGCUUUGCUUUAGUUCCCGUUUUAGUGAGACCUGAGCUUAGUUUGCUCAUCAGGAACCUCCAGGAGGGGACUUAACGCGGGUUAACGGCUUCAGGCGAGCAGCGUGUUCCUGUUCGCGAGGCUUCUGUCCGUCUGAAAAUCAUGCGGUUUUCUCUCUAGUUCCAGCCUCCUGUGGAUAAAGCUCUAAAACCUGCCGGACGGCGCCCUGUUCUGCAAGUGAACCGCGCGGGUUUUCAUUGCGGGUGAGAUUUCUAGCUAGGGAAAUGCGUGUUCUGUCCCGGGAACGCGACUCUCCACCGGCUGCAAACGGUGUUAAAUCUGUGACGCUGAGUCUGAGCCCUGUGCAGCUUCAUCCGCCCGCAGAUCUGCCCCUCGACCCGCAACAGAAGCUUUUCUAUCAUUGAUAGACUUCAGUUCUCCGAGCGCAGUAACGGUGCAGGGGGAGCUCAGAGGUGUCGAUUUGUCAUUAAUCUCGGCUCAGUUAAUCUCAGCUCAUCUGCGCUGGCCAGGCCGGGUUUGGGUGCGGAGGAGCCAGAGCUGGUUCCGACAUGACGCCCCGUGGCCGGUGGGUUAUUCGGUCCAACCCGCUCAUACUGUGGCUUAGGGAAAAAGGAUGAAAGUUCUGCAUUUAUAAACCUAAUUUAAGACGUGGUUUCUGCAGCCGGAGUCGCGGAGUUGUCAGUUUUGCCCUCAAAAAUCUUACCUAGAAAUGGAACUGAAUUGCCCACACCGAGGGCAGGUUUUUAUUGCACAAAAUCUGCUCUGGCUGUAUCGCUCCAGAGACACGAGCGCCUCUCAGCUGCUCUUACGCAUCGUGUCCUGUCGGAAAAGAUUAAGCUUGGCUUAAUUUUUGAAUUUCUAGAAUUUCUAAGCUGUUACGUAUAGAAAAAAUAAAUAGGUAAAGCUUCUGUUCCUGCAGAGUAGGUGGUGAAUACAAGUUCCAUGUGGGGGACAGCGCCGGGAGGAGCGGGUUUGCUUCAACGAAAGGGUCUGUCUCUCUUUCCCGGCUCCUGAGCGUUGGUGGCGCAAGCGUUACUGCGCGGAAACGCAGAUGUUGUGUCUCAGCCGUUCGCUCACAACACGGGAGAUCCCGAGGCUGGAUUUGUGGGGAGGAAUUAGGACUUUUAGGUGCUUUUUCUUACCUCCGGGAGCCCCGUGGGGCAGUUCCGUGUGUCCCAACUCACCCAGGGCGGUUGAUGUGAAUGGAAUUAAACUGGGCUGCGUGCGGCAGCUCCUCACAGACUGGCAGCUAAAACCAACUUCAUGUCGUUCAUUGAGCUUGGGGAAAAACCGUCAGAUUUAUGCAUUUUCAGAGGACAGUGUAAUAUACUGUGCUUUACAAGCUAACUUUUUCUAUUAAACUGAUUUGUGGAUUAUUUCACUGAUAUAUGCAAUCCUACAUUCAGCUACGGCGUUGGUGGCACAGGAACUCUGGAAAAGUUGUCCCUGCGACAUAAAAGUUUUAUUUAUUGUGUUUUUCUAUAGGUGAAGUGGAAAACUGAGGUUGGCUUUAAGUGUUUGCAAUCUGAGAAAUGAUGUGAAAAAGCAGCUCAACUAAAUGUACAUUCUUUUCAACCUUUUUUUUUUUGUGUGGAGGCUUUUGUCUUUGUAUCCUGGCAUUCUUUGUACAUGAAAUGUAAUAAAAGCUCAAAUGUUUUUGUCUCUG